UUCUUCAAACGAACUAUGUCGGUUUUAUCGAGCCCCUUGUCCAUCGACGGCACACGCCAGUCCGGCAAAUCGGUGCGCACUCAGAACGUGACGGCCGCACUGGCCAUAGCGAAUAUCGUGAAGAGUUCGCUGGGGCCGGUUGGGCUGGACAAGAUGCUAGUGGACGAUAUUGGGGAUGUGACGAUUACCAACGAUGGCGCCACUAUUCUGCGCCUGCUCGAGGUGGAGCAUCCGGCGGCCAAGGUGCUGGUCGAGCUGGCCCAGCUGCAGGACGCGGAGGUGGGCGACGGCACCACGUCCGUGGUUAUACUGGCCGCCGAAUUGCUGCAGAAUGCCGAUGAGCUGGUUAAGCAGAACAUUCAUCCGACAUCGAUCAUAUCGGGCUAUCGCAUCGCCUGCAAGGAGGCCUGCAAAUACAUAUCCGAGCAUCUGACUGUGCCCGUGGAGUCGCUGACCCGCGACUCAGUGGUCAGCAUUGCCCGUACCGCGAUCGGCUCCAAGAUCAUUGGCGCCGAUGCUGACUUCUUUGCCAACAUGGUCGUGGAUGCCGUGCAGGCCGUCCGGUUUGGCGAUGCCAAGGCAGCGCCGAGCUAUGCCAUCAGCUCGAUAAAUGUGCUGAAGGCCCACGGCAAGUCGGCCCGUGAAUCGAUGAUGCUGAAGGGGUAUGCCCUGAACUGCACCCUUGCCUCCCAGCAGAUGCCCAAGAGGGUGGUCAAUGCGAAAAUCGCAUGCCUGGACUUUGGGCUGCAGAAGACCAAGAUGAAGGUACACGUCCAGGUCCUGAUCAACGAUCCCGACAAGCUGAAGGCCAUUCGCGCCCGUGAGCUGGACAUCACCAAGGAGCGCAUCGGCAUGAUUCUCAGCACCGGCGUCAAUGUCGUCCUCUGCAGCGGCGGCGUCGAUGAUCUCUGCAUGAAGUAUUUCGUGGAGGCCGGCGCCAUGGCGGUGCGUCGCGUCAAGAAGAACGAUCUGAUGGUCAUUGCCAAGGCAACGGGUGCCGCCUUCCUGACCUCGCUGACCAACUUGGACGGCGAGGAGAGCUUCGAUGCCUCCAUGAUGGGCGAAGCAGCCGAGGUGGUCGAGGAGCACGUCUGCGAUGACGAUCUGAUCUUCAUCAAGGGCCCCAAGGCACGCACGGCCGUCUCCAUCUUACUGCGCGGCCCCACCGACUCCUACUGCGACGAAAUGGAGCGCUCCGUGCACGAUGCCCUCAGCGUGGUGAAGCGUGUGCUCGAGAGCAAGAAGGUUGUCGCUGGCGGCGGCUGCAUAGAGGCCGCUCUCUCCAUCUACCUGGAGAACUUUGCCACAUCGCUGUCGUCGCGCGAGCAGCUGGCCAUAGCCGAGUUCGCCAAGUCGAUGCUGGUCAUCCCCAAGACGUUGGCCAUGAAUGCCGCCCAGGAUGCCACCGAGCUGGUCGCCAAGCUGCGCGCCUACCACAACUCGAGCCAAACCAAUUCCACCUAUGGCCAUCUCAAGUGGGUGGGCCUGAACCUGACUGACGGUGUCGUGCGCGACAACAAAAAGGCCGGCGUACUGGAGCCGGCCAUUUCCAAGAUCAAGUCCCUGAAGUUCGCCACAGAGGCUGCAAUCACCAUAUUGCGCAUCGACGACAUGAUCAAGCUCAAUCCCGAGGAGAAGAGCACCAAGACCUAUGACGAUGCCUGCGCCGCUGGCGAGCUGGACGGCUAGAUACCCGUCACCCUUUCACCUCAUCCACUUGCCUAAGCACACUCACUCUUAAUCAACAAGAUCCUACGACAACACACACACACACCCAUACACACUCGAUACUUAUGUGCCUCACAUUUACCAUAUAACCCUGUAAGCAAUUUAACUGUUCAUUCCCUUCUGCUACAUGCAAUAUGUAAAUUCGUUCAUGUGAAAUGCAUCGAAAAUAAAGCAUCGGCACA